AUGCAAUUAUACGAGCAAAAAACGUCACAUAAAACGUGAAUUUGUCAUUAGCCAAAAUGCCAGUUGCUGCCCACAUCGGAGGAGGUCGGGCGCUGCUGCUGCUCGCCGCCAAGCUCUUAGUCGUCUUCGGCUGCGCCGUGGGCGUCGUAUGGGGGAUCUUCACUCUCUUAGUCCGACGUGUUCGCGAACAUGACGCCGCUUUGGGGCUCGCAACAUCGAAACUGGACUCUCUCUCCAUACGCAGCCUCUCCUCGCUCGAGGAGCUUCAGCGCUCCCACGAGACCUUCCUGCACGUGUUCGCCGUGCAGUUUCCUCUCGCUUUGACGUGCUUCACGAGCGUUUACGUGCUCAAACAGACGUUUGCCAUCCCGGGAUCAGCCUUGCUUAACGUAUUUGCAGGCGCUAUCCUACCCUUAUCGUUAGCGUUCCCAUUAGUCUGCACUCUCACGGCAUGUGGCGCAUCCUGUUGCUUCCUGUUGUCCAAGAAUUUGGCGUCCGAGGAGAUCGUACUGAGCGUAAGUGAACGCUUGUUACCGGGCAAACUACACAAGUUGAGACACAAGAUCGAGGACGCAACAGCGAGAGGCCAGUUGCUCUAUUUGUUGCUGUUCCUGCGGGUUUUCCCAUUCACUCCCAACUGGUUCCUGAACAUGGCGAGUCCGUGGCUUAAAGUGCCGCUGAAAUUGUUCGCACCCUCAGUGGCACUCGGACUUUUGCCCUACAACUUUAUCACAGUACACGCAGGCGCUAUGUUGUCUUCUCUUCGGAGUACCAGCGAUCUGUUGGACCCACGAACGAUGGGAUUCCUCAUCCUUCUGGCGCUAGGUAUGCUCAUCCCUGCACUACUGAAGAAGACAAAAGACCGGGAAGCGAAGAACAAGACGGAGUGAGAACACUGAGUUGUUACUACUUAGACCAACUCGUUCGAUGGUUUCUCGAUUAUUUUUUUUUCCUGUUCAUUUGGACUAUUUUCUUUGUGAAGAUUGUUGUCAAAAUUCUGGAUACAACGUCGGAUCUGGUCGGCUGCUGCGAUGCAUUUCUCGAGUUGUAGUGGAGCUAGUUUGGCCGAAUCAAGACCGGUACGUGGUAGAAGCCGCAGUCGCGACGAAAUAUCUGUAAUUCCAAGCAGUAUUCCUCGAAUUUCGGUAUCCAACUCGGGUUUCUCCUGCCCAUUUGGAGCAGUGGACUCCGAUGUCGAUGGAGUUUGGGCAUUAUUACUUAACGCGUCGUUAAUUUCUGCUUGCAGUUGUCUCUGCAGCUCGAAUGAGUUUUCAUCGUCCAGGUGCACGAACGUUCUUAUCAGGUCUCUUAAAUUUGAUAUCGAAUUCUGCGAACUUUUGGCCCAGACAUGAGAGUUUGAGCCCAGCAUUUCUUCAAUUUUGGCUGCAAUUUCGUCGUUGUAGCGUAUGGAACUCUGCUUCUGCUCCUCUAGAGCUGUCAUACCAGUCAGAGCAGGUGUUCUUAACUUUGACGGUGGCACCAAGUUAGCACGGGCGAAACAAUUCUCCAAUAAAUCAUCAGGCACCUGACUCCAGGCCUGUUCCAGCAACCGAGCAGCAUCCAGUAACGUCGGUGUGUGCCCAAAAUGCACACCACCACUGUUGUCGCUUUCCGCUGCCUUGAGAGCCGCCUUAACCUCUUCUGGAGCAUCAUAGUACGACAUCACGCUCUGCACUAGGAGAUCCUUAUACUGUGCCUUGAGUGCAUUUAUCACACCCAUUUUCAAUGGUCUAGUCCACCACGUCUUCGGAUUUAUCAUCGCAUCCACUGCAGACCGUGUUACUGGUA